ACAUGUUGGGUCGCCAACGUUCAAGAGGCCCGAUGUCCACGCCAACGGUAACCGUUAGCGGGCCGGUAGCAUCCCCAAGGUGCACACCACGUUGCAACUCGGGGUUGGGCUUCAGCCGUGGCAGGAAACCGGCCAACGGUCGGCAAAUGCGAAUAUUUGAGGCGGCACAGCGUGUCCAGAAGACUACAGCUUCCGUUUGUCGCCAAGCGCGUGUCACCGUGUGCAGGACGUCGCAGUUACGUUGUCGGCCGUGUUCUCUUCCCUCUAGUGCCGUUGCCGUCGUCCGUCGCAUGGCUGACAACUUUCGCAAGCUCCCGCUGCUGCUUCUCGCCAUCUUCCUACCGGUCGUCGUCGUAGUGUUGCACGUGUGUUUCAUCGGGAGCGCGCCGCGGCGUCGACGCAGACGAACUUCGCCGAUGAAGGCCGUCAAGAUGGAUAGUGGACAGGGAUCCCCCAGGGGAGGAGGGGAGCAGGUUGUGAGCAGGCGUGUCGUUGGGAGUUCUUCACCGGCUUGCAAGUUGUCGUUGGGGGUCGGUAAUUCAUCACUGCCGCCGCAUUUGCAACCCCUCCCUGACUCAUCUGAUGAGGAGGAGAGGGAGGGACGGGCACGCACUGUUCCGUUGGGUAGUGGUUCUACUCAGGAAUGGUCUCGGACGGAGCUGUGCGGCGGCAGUGGUGGCGUGCACGGCCAGUCCUUCACUGAACUGCUGGCGCCGGGUCUCGACGGGGAAGAAGGGCAUGGCGGAUCGAACUUGUCUUCCGGUCUGUCUACAGGGAGGCGCACAGCAGUGGCAGUGACGAGCGACUUCCAUCUCCAGGAGCACGCAAGGUCGUCCGUCGUUUAUGCAAUCCCCGGCUCCGGUGUGUGCUGCGUCCAACCUGGGACGUCGACGUGGCAUUGUCGAGGAGGGGGGGGGUACUUGGACGACGUCGUUGACGACCUCGACGGGCGGUUAGUGUGGGCGGAGGAGCGACGGAAGAUCAGGGAGGGGCGAGAGGAAGCAAUCAGGCGGGGGGUGGAGCGACUGAGGAUGGACAGGGAGGCAGAAGAAGUUGAGGAGCCACAUGCGGGGCUUCCGUCCGAAGACGACGACGACGACGGCGCAGGAGAGGCAGGAGACGGGAACAGCGGUUACACCUCGCCAUCGCAAAACAACAACGGGGGGGGGGGAACGGCGGCAAGACGAAGGCGACCAUCGGGAACGGCCGUGGGCGGCCGAAGAAAGCGCAAGCAAAGGCGAACGACGGAGAAGGCGACGGCGAUGCAGAGGAGAAGCGAAACUCUUGGAUUAAACGGCAAGGAGAGGGCGAGACACGGCUUCAAUUUCAACAUGGACCACGCCGUUUACGACGAGAUUGAAGGGUCCAGCGGUUUCAACGAAACCAUCAACCCCAAAAACGUUGCCGACACUGGUGCCUGCGGCGGUGUGCGUUUGCCGUCGACGACAACUGCUGAUCCUGAAGCAGUUGGUGAUACCGACGUCGGUGCGGGGGGGGAAGAUGAGGACGAGGGAUCGACUCGUGGUUCCUCCCAGACGUCGGGCAGCCCCCAUGGUUUCGGAAAGAGGAAGAGCACGCGGCAGCAGACGUUCGAAGCAAUGACGGAGUGCAUGGACAAGCACGGUGUGUUGAUGGCGGCCACGAUGGAGAGUGUCAGCAAGCGGCAAUGCAACAUUCAGCUACGACAAUGUGAGGCAUUAGAAGCUGAAGUGCAGGUGCAAAAGACGCACUACGCCGCGUCCGAUGAAAAAGAUCUUCUCGCCGCCAUCUCCGAGGUCGACGGAUCCACGUUCUUCUUACGCGCCUUCCAUUCCAUCUUCAACACACGACACGCAAUGUCUUCUCGCUCCGUUCCAUCUCGGAGAGUYCUUGGGAAACAAGUCARGGAAGGCRAGGUCGCACCGAAGAAAGGUCGCCACGAUCCCWCGAAGAGAAGAAGGGGCGUYCAAGGYGGGAAGRCCGCAGUUGGGASAGAGGUGGAGGCWGAUUGGGUGGAUGCACAKGAGAGACAGGAGGAGGACGACGACUUCGAAGAAGUAGACAAACAGACUCUCGUGAGGAAAGUGAAGCAGAGAACGGGGGGUGCGAUACGGAUCGAAACGGGGGGGGUGGGCGCUGCGGAGGUGGCUCCUGAUCAGCAGCAGACGCCGUCGAGUAAGCGGAGCGAACAGGCUGUUGGCGUGGCUAGCAGUUCCCAAGCUGUGGCCGACCAGUCGACGAUGCGUUCCCCUGCGCCGCAGCCGCGCGGGGAGGCAGUUCAGGGUGCAUCAGCCGUGGCGGACGUUGCGAAGGCAGGCGAUGGCGGGGCGGCGGGCGAAGACGACGAACCGCUAGUGAUGAAGCUUCGCGGGCAACGUCCGGAGGCGAAAGCGAUGGAGGUGGCCGCGAGGCGAUGGACCGACAACAUUCGGUUAUGGAAUCAAACGCGGGGAAAAGAAAUCAUCGACAUCAUGCACGAAGCCCGAGUUCACCUCUUUGAUGUGGCGACGGGGGUGCAGCCAUCGGCGAUCCGAAGGAGCAUCAGCCUCCCCCAUAGUUCCAUUCCGCAGAAGAAGAUCGAAGACGCCUCGGAGUUGAGGGCGGCGAAGGAAAGGGCGUUAAAGGUGGAGAGCAUUGCGAAGAGGGCCAUCCACGGCUGGAUUUUCAAGUCCGACAUCAGACACAAGGGGUAUCACUUGGCGUACCACCCGAUGGCGAUUCGAAACACGCUGGAGUUGGGUGUGAAGCUCCCUUUGUGGCUCGUCGGAGCGAACGUGGUGGACAGGCACCAGGACGACGAGUGCGCGGCUUACCAGGAGGUCAUCGCUCAACGUUUGGUGCGCGAUUUCACGAAUGUGGUGGAGGCGGCGCAGGCGAUGGACUCGGGGCGUGUGUCUUACGAGCGCCUGAAAUCCCUGGCGGAGGCGAUGAGGUACUUGCUGGCGGKGGCGGCGUGGAUAAUGAGGAUGGCUGGGGACGAUGCAAGAUCGCACUUCGACGCCUGGGUUUUCGUGCAGUUGACAUCGAAGACCACCCUUCUUGCUGCCAUGGAUCGCCAUUUUGACUCCCGUCGUCAUGUCUUGCUAGCCGCAACUGUGAUGACGGAGAAACUGGGAAGACCGUCUCCGACCUUCGCUCCCCUCCCACUGUACAUCCCCGACUGGGCAUCGAAGUGCGGCGUCAUGUUCAAUCACGACGCGACUUUGUCCUCCCCGAUGGAAGCAACGAAGACGGAUUGGCUCGGCACAGGCCCCCCUGAGGAGGAAGACUUGGACGACGACGAUGUUGAUGGCGCCGAGGGCGGGUGAUAGUGGGAGUGGAAGUGGAUGGACUGCCGGCGAGGGCGGGCGAUCGUUCGUGGAAGGGUUUAGUAAACGUCGGGUGCGAGG